GCUCUUUUCUCACAUCAUGUUUGAGAGAAUAAAUGAAGAGGAAAAGGCGCCGAGCGCAUGUGUUCUCUCAAGAAGCUCAGCCAAACUUCAAGUCACCUCGCGGCCUGAAGAUCUAAUUUGAUUCGGUAAUUUUGAAGGCUUUUGAGCUGCCAUGCCUGCUAAAAAAGCUGCAAAGCGGAGAAAAGAAAAUGAGACCGAAGACUCGUCUCUGAAGAAAGUGAAAGUUUCUCAUAGGAGUCACAGUCAAGAAAAAGGCCUGGUCCUGGUUCUUGGGCAGGGAGAUGUGGGUCAGCUAGGUCUGGGUGAGGAUGUGCUCGAGAGGAAAAGACCAGCAUUGGUGACCCUUCCAGAGGCCAUUGUACAGGCUGUUGCAGGGGGCAUGCACACAGUAUGCCUCAGCGACACAGGCAAUAUCUACACCUUUGGCUGUAAUGAUGAGGGUGCUUUGGGCAGGGAUACAUCAGAGGAGGGCUCGGAGAUGGUGCCAGGAAAGGUGGAAUUAGCAGAGAAGGUAGUGCAGGUCUGUGCAGGUGACAGCCACACUGCUGCUCUUACAGAAGAUGGAGCAGUCUUCAUCUGGGGAUCCUUCAGGGAUAACAAUGGUGUCAUUGGCCUUCUUGAGCCAAUGAAAAAAUGUACCUUGCCUGUCAAAGUUCCCAUAGACAUUCCUGUGGUCAAAAUAGUUUCAGGAAAUGAUCACCUAGUAAUGCUUACUGUGAAUGGAACUCUCUACACUUCUGGCUGUGGAGAGCAGGGCCAGUUGGGAAGAGUACCAGAGUGCUUUGCUAAUCGAGGGGGCAGAAAGGGGUUAAUGAGGUUACUAGAGCCACAGAUGGUCAUGGUGAAGCCUCGAGGGAAGGUCCUGUUUACUGAUGUCUUCAGUGGGGCGUAUUUCACAUUUGCCAUAUCGAAAGAUGGUUAUGUCUAUGGCUUUGGUCUCUCCAACUAUCACCAGCUGGGUACAGCAACCACAAACACGUGCUUUGUUCCUGUAAAGCUCACUGCCUUCAAAAAUUCUACAACCUCCUGGGUUGGCUUCUCUGGUGGUCAACACCACACUGUCUGCCUCGACACGGAAGGGAAUGUUUACAGCCUUGGCCGUUCUGAGUAUGGGCGCCUGGGCCUGGGAGAGGGUGUGACGGAAAAGAGCGAGCCCACAGCAGUUAAAGGAAUCAGCAGGGCCUAUGUGGUAGCUUGUGGAGCAUCUGUGAGCUAUGCAGUCACUAAAGAAGGCUCUGUAUAUGCCUGGGGCAUGGGCACCAACCUGCAGUUGGGUACAGGAGAUGAGGAGGAUGCUUGGAGUCCAGUGGAGAUGGCAGGCAAGCAGCUGGAGAACAGAGUUGUUCUGUCUGUCUCCAGUGGAGGGCAGCACACUGUCUUACUGGUCAAAGAUAAGCAAGAGAGCUGAUAUUAAACCCAAAUGAUGAAAGCUGGGCUAUACUACUGUUUUGGUGGUAACUGUAAAACUCUAGCUUAAUCUGGGAUGCUGGGGGAAAUCUGGGGUUGUUAAACUUCUUGUACUGUAGCAAGCUAGUUGAUUAGGCAAGACUGGAGAUUUGUGAAGAGAGAAAGAUGGGUGGGUCUCAUCUGAUUAAACAUUUCUCCACUUUGUGGAGAGCCCAUUCAUUCACUGGGUCCGUUCCAGUUAAAGACUAUUUUUUUAACUUGUAUUUUUGCUUCUUUUUCUUAAUUCUUUUUAAUUAGAUUCAUUAGUAAGAAUUGUGAGGAUUACCAGUUGUAAGUGAACACAUGUAUGUAAUGUAUUGGUUUAAACGGCAGUUUUAGGAAUUUUCCCUGCAUUGGGAUUUUAAAAGUUAAUAUUUUUGCCCAGAGCAAUACACAAGUACAGUGGCUGCAGCUGUAAUGCGUUCUUUACAUUUUUACGGGGGGGUCAUUUGUUUGGUAUUGCUGUAAUUUGCAGUAUUCAACUGUUUUCCUUCAAAUUUGUCGAUUGCAUCCAUUAUGUGCUUGCCCUGUGGGAAGUGUAAUAAAAAUUUAAGUCUU